AGAAAUGGUUCUAAUGAGAUUAUCCGUCUUUUCUUUCAUAUGUAGAUCACUUUAGUCUGCAUAUGGCGAAGCAUAAACGCCGUUUAUCUCCGGUGCCCCCUUGUGUGGUUCUUUGAGAUCGUCUCAGUAGUAUUGCGACUUUGGUGAUAAGAACAUCAGGAAGGAAGAAAUGAAUUCAGAUUGGGGUCUUCGACUUAUUUUAAUUUGUGUUGGUAUCUAUCAAGUGGCGAGCGUCGGAAAUGACGACUUCGUUGACGCCUGCUUCGGAGUGGAAGGGGACAAACCACCGCAUUGCGAGUACAUUGAUUUCGACGACGUGUUUGAAAGCUCGGAUAUUAAGUUCAACUGGAGUUUUAUUACGAAGCUUACGAUCAGCAACAAAAGAAUCAUCGGAAUACCUACUAGAAUGUUUGAAUCGCUCCCAAAUUUGGAGAGCUUCGUCGUGGUGAACAGUUUGUUUUACCGAGAAAUCGAUCCGAUCAGUUUCGUCGAUUGCCACAAGUUGGAACACAUCGAAAUUACCGGAACAAACGUUACUUUUCUGGAUUCACACCUAUUUCCAAAGACACCAAAAUUGAAACAUCUACUGUUUCAUCACAACAAGAUACGCGAAAUAAAAUACGACGCAUUUGAGUUUCUCGUUGACUUGGAAGAGCUGAAUCUCUCGUACAACAACCUAUCCAGACUACCCAGUGGAGUGUUCCACAAGCAGAAAAACCUCAAAACAUUGGAUUUGAAUCACAACCAUCUUAUACUGUUAAGUUUCGACAGUUGGUUCCCGGUUGAUGGAAUCCAUUCGCUAGCAUAUCUAGAUGCGUCUUACAAUCAGCUCAUUGAGCUCUCGUGGAGUGAAAUCACCGUGAAGAAGGUAAACCUGAAGUACAACAACUUGACAAACAUCCACAUCAGCGGCAAUUGCUCGGAGCUCCAUGCUUCAUACAAUAUGAUCGAGACGGUAACGGUCGGCAGUAAUUGUUCAAUUGAGAAGCUGUACCUCGCUCACAAUCACAUCACCAACUUCGGUGAUCUUCGGAAAUGCUCGGAAACGCUACGCACACUGGACGUCUCGUUCAACAUCCUUCAGCGACAGUUCGACUUCCUGGGAAUGAAACAGCUGACGGCACUCAAUGUAGAGUGCACUAAUCUCACCCUGCAGUACACGACCUUGCAUGACUUGCGGAAGCUUAGAUUCCUGGACAUUUCCUACAACAACUUAAAGAAGAUCGACUUUGAAAACCUCACCUCGCAAAGGCUACUCGAACGGCUGAUGAUAAGCGGUAAUCCAAUUGGCAAUAUGUCGAUCGGGUCAAUCAAGCGAAAUUUCCCAAACCUCAAAGCUCUGGGAAUCUACGAUCUACCAUGGAAUGAAUCAUCUCUUUCGGUGGCGAUCGAGGACCUGAAAAAACACGACAUAAAACCGUACAUAAAAAAUGAUUAUUUAUUCGAAGAAUCGCUCUGUCCACUGAAGAUAACGCGCAAUUUCAGCAGCAACGGUGACGAUCAUGAAGAAUCGGCCGAAAUGGUUCACGGGCCAAGCGGCGAUAAGACGAUCGAAUAUGUUGUGAUCGUUUUGCUGGUGGCCGUCAUCUGCGGUUUGCUGUUCAAGGUAUUCGUCGAUAGCCGAUACUAUCGAGAGCUGUUUAAGGAUCGUCUUCGCGGUUCGUCGAUUUCCCAUGAAAGCUUAGUGAGUUGCGAUCUGAAUGGCUAGCGUGAAAUGGCGCAACAAAUAAAAAGUUCUGAUAAUCAUCUA